UAGCCCAGCAGAUCUCGCGUCACAGCUUUAUAGGCAAUUUCUUUCGAUUGCGCAAUCUUGCGCGUGCGAGUUAUGAAAUGUACGAAUGACGAGUAUUACUCUGGCAGAUAAUUUACAUAACGAAAGUUGGGCACGAAGCGGAAUUCGCGUGUGUCAAUAGCUGCCUCAAUCUAUACGUAUUCGCGGUCCCUUACAUACAUUUAUAAUCGACUCGACUCGGGCCGCGCCAGUGACUGUCACGUCACACGUAAUGCGCGAUAAUCAUAACAACACGUGUGCGGCGGCCCAGACGUUCGCGUCACGGUGACUGCAUUUUGGACUAUGCCUGGCCCGUCCCGAGUACUCCGUGUGCGUAAAGCAGCAGACCUAUAGUCUGCACCUAUAUAGUGCACACAACGAUAUAUACACCUAUACUGCAGCACGUUUGCUCGAUCGCAGCAUUCACGCAGUGUACUACCUAAGAAGUGUUAAGGCGUAUUCGCAUAGUAUGUUUGUCGCUGAUUCUCUCUGCUGAUAUACGACGAGUAAUGUGUAUAUAUAUGCCCUAUGUUGUAAGUAUGUAUAGCAGCCUGUGUAAUCGCAGGAGUGCGAGCUGCUGUGUGUAUACGUACGAUUGAAAAGUGGAAAUAAAUAGUGUUUGUGCAUAAAUGGCAUCGCGCGGCGCCCAGCUGACACUUUUGCCGAUGCGUGAUAUGGUAUGGCAGCCUCAACAAGGAGAAAAACAUUAGCGAAAAGUCUCGCAGAGUCGCGCGAGCCGAGAUAAUGUACACCGAACCUCCUAUGCUCGCUGCUCGCGUCACAACAGAUAUGAAGGAAUAAUGCUACGAAAAUGCCCGUUGACAUCAAUCGGCUCACCGAUGGUUGGCUGGAACUCGAGAGUGAUCCAGGCCUGUUUACACUGCUCCUCGAGGACUUUGGUACUCAAGGAGUGCAAGUUGAGGAAAUCUAUGACGUGCAAAAAUCACUCGAAGGGCCUGUUUAUGGUUUCAUCUUCUUAUUCAGAUGGAUAGAAGAGAGAAGAUCAAGGCGUAAGGUUGUCGAGGAAGAUGAAACAUUUUGUAAAGAUGAAGAGACGGUCAACAAUAUGUUUUUUGCACAACAGGUUGUGCCUAACAGUUGUGCAACACAUGCGCUACUGUCAGUUUUACUUAAUUGUUCAAGUAUUCAAUUAGGUGAAGUGUUGACGCGGUUAAAAGAACACACAGCUGGUAUGAAUCCGGAAAAUAAAGGCUGGGCCAUCGGAAACACACCAGAAAUAGCUUGUGCUCAUAAUUCUCAUGCAAUGCCUCAAGCAAGAAGACGUCCACCUGAUAAAAAUGUUACAACUGUCUCAUCUGCAAGAUCUACUGGUGAAACUUUCCACUUUGUUAGUUACGUACCAAUAAAUGGAAGAUUAUUUGAGUUAGAUGGUCUUAAACCAUAUCCAGUUGAUCACGGUCUAUGGUCUGAAGAUGAAGAGUGGACAGAUAAAUUUAAAAGGGUUAUAACUGAACGUUUAGGUAUUUCAAAUGGCGAGCAAGCCCAAGACAUUAGAUUUAAUUUGAUGGCUGUUGUACCAGAUCGAAGAAUUGCAAUAACUCACAAAUUAACAAUGUUAAAAACUAAUCGUCAAAUAGUUUUAGAAGCUCUGCAACAACUCAUGAAAUUGACUAAUCAAAACAGUACAGAAAAUUAUAGUAAUAAGAAUAGUGCUAGUAGUAUGAAUAAUAGUAAUAGUAAUGCUGACAUUGGAAAGUCAGAAAAAUCAAAUGAAAAAAAAGAAAAGACUGAAGAUGAAAAUAGUGAUGAUGUAGUAAAAAUGGAAAUUGAUGGUACAAAUUCUAUCCCUAUUAUUAGUAAAGAACAGUGCCCCCAGUCAACUACAGAAGCUUCAAGUUCUAAUGCAAAGCCUUCUACAAGCACUAGCAAUCCUGAAAAGUUUGUGAAUGUCUGUGAACUAGACUAUGCGAUGCCUCUGCAGAUUCAAACAUCGCCAUCCCCAAAUAGUACAUCUAGUACUGAAACUUCAUCUGAAAUAGGUUCUGCUUUCAAUUCACCUUCUCAAAGGAAUCUUAGUCCAACUGCAAUAAAAGAUUUUAAGAAAUUUGUUGUGAUCAAAAUGGCAUUAGAUGAUAAGACAGAGAAUGGAAUAACACAUUCUUUAAGCAACAUCAACAUAAAUGGAAAAAGAAUUCCUCCCGAAAAUACAUCAGUAAAUAAGAAAAUUUGUCUAUCUGGAGAAGUCAAAAUUCCACAAACUCCAGUGAAAACAACUAAUGGCGAAGUUCUUACAGAAGAAAAAAAAACUGCAAAAAUAGACUCUGAACUUACUGUAAAAGAUUCAGAACUUAUGGAACCACAUACUUUCACUCCUAAAGAUUUAUUAGCUCUCUUAAAGAAUUUAGAAAAUGAGAUUGGCGUUUGUGAAAUAGCUUUAAAAGACGAAAAUGAUAAGCGUGAAAAGUACAAGGUGGAUGAUUGCAGAAGAACCCACAACUAUGAUGAAUUUAUCUGUACAUUUUUGUCUAUGUUAGCUCAACAAGGUAAACUUGCAGAACUAGUUCAACAAAAUCUACAACUUAAAAAACAACCCACUGUAAAUGUUAACAGAGUGUCAAGAACUGCUAAAAGAGCAGCAGCAUCCGACUCGAGUCGCACAACAACGGCGCCAAAAAGAAGACGAGGCAGAACAAAAGGAAAAAAACGAAAGUGAAUUAGAUCAUAAAAGAUGAGGUUUUUAUUUUAUUAUAGACUUUGAGUACCUAAAAAGUUUACACAAAAUAUUGUGUAUUCUUUGCUUAGGAUACAUGUGCUUUCUCAUCAAUUUGUUGAUAUUUCAUUUAUUGCGAUAAUGUUUAAAGCUGUAAAGUGAAUGACUUUAAUAGAUAUUGUAUAACUGUAAGUAGAUUAAGGUUUGUUACUUUCAGUGUAUGUAAACAAAUGUUUAAUGUAGGAAUAAUAAAAUUAUGACUUUUAAAUUUUUUAUGAAUAGACUUAUAAUGAAUGUAAAUGGAAUUAGGGCAAAAAAUUCUUCACAAAAUGUGCAUUGUAAUUUUGUAUAUUUCUCUUGAUCAUGGGUUUAAAAGUUUGUUCUAACAUUGAUAUAAGUCUUUUAUCUCACUAUGUUAAAAUUUAAUUUAAAAUUCAAUAGUUACAGUAAUUUUUUUCAUUACUGUGUAACCAAAUAUGUUGUUGUACAACAAAUGUUAUAAAAUAUAAAAAUACAAAAUGUAUUUUUCGAAUUUCCAAACAGAAUAAAAAAAAUUUUCUUCCA